UCGCAAUCCCACCCAAGCUUCGCGCCGAUCAUCAAAGCUCUCGGGUUUCCCAUUUUCUCCCAAUUUCCCGUUUUCUUUUCUUGAGCCUUUGCUUCCCUUCAUUGCACAACCACCGCACCAAGAGACACAAUGGCCAGCCUUCCCGAGACCUUUGACCGCCCCGUCCACAUCGCCGUCAUCGGCGGCACCGGCCUGGGCAAGCUCGAGGGCUACACCCCCGUCGCGGCCCUGAACCCGACGACGCCCUGGGGCAAGCCCUCGUCGCCGAUCCAGAUCCUCGAGCACAACGGCGUGCCCAUCGCCUUCCUCGCCCGCCACGGCUUGCACCAUCAGUUCGCGCCCCACGAGGUGCCCGCCCGCGCCAACAUCGCCGCCCUGCGCUCCAUCGGCGUGCGCUGCGUUAUCGCCUUCUCGGCCGUCGGCAGCCUGCGCGAGGAGAUCAAGCCUAUGGACUUUGUCGUCCCGGACCAGGUCAUCGACCGCACCAAGGGCGUGCGCCCCUUCACUUUCUUCGAGGGCGGUGUUGUCGGCCACGUUGGCUUCGCUGACCCCUUCGACAAGGGGCUCGCCGAGGUCGUCAAGCGGUGCGCGGCGCACAUGCAGGGCGACGGCGUUGUUCUUCACGAGAAGGGGACCAUCAUCUGCAUGGAGGGCCCCCAAUUUUCCACCCGCGCCGAGUCGCACAUGUACCGCUCCUGGGGCGGCAGUGUCAUCAACAUGUCGGCCCUGCCCGAGGCCAAGCUCGCCCGCGAAGCCGAGAUGGCCUACCAGAUGAUAUGCAUGGCUACCGACUACGACUGCUGGCACUCGUUCGAGGACGUCGACGUCGCCAUGGUCAUGAAGUACAUGGCCGCCAACAGCGAGAACGCCAAGCGCCUCGUCGGCGGUGUCCUUGACGAGCUGUCCAAGCAGGACAACAGCGACAUGGUCCUCGCCAAGCAGUGGGAGGGCUCCUCUCAAGGCGCCGUCAAGUUUAUGACCAAGCCCGAGGGCCGCAACCCUGAGGCCAUGAAGCGGGUCGAGUUCCUCUUCCCUGGUUUCUGGAACUAACGCAGGGCACCGCAGACUCGCGUACAAGAGAUUGUGUGUUCAUUUUCUUUGGUCACUUGAAUGAUGAAUCUGGGAAGAUACGGUGCUUAUAUGGGAGUAUCAAAAAAACGAGCAUAAACGAAUAGAGAUGAGAGGCGCUUUCAUAAGUCUGCCAUGUGGUAGAUAUCUUUUUGCUUGAGCAUCAUCCGCUCAAGGGAUAAGCGAGAUAGGACACGAAAUAGAAGCAACGUGCAAGGAAAGGGAUGUGGCAGUGUCGACACAAUAGUCGUUGACUUUAUGGUCUUAGGUGAUCACUUCUCUGCGCUCUCUACAAACAAUCCAUCAAAUGUCCAAACGCCUUGAAACGCCGCUUCUUCGUCGUCCGACUCUUCGACCCCCCAAUAAU